CGUCCUCCUCCUUCAUGCCGCUGAACCUGUAACUUCACAAGAUUCUCGCGUUACCUAUCGAACGAGACACCACAUGUCGCUGAAACUAAGCACACCACCGAGCUUCCCUGCAUUUCCGUUCGAGCCGUAUGGGAUUCAACUCGACCUCAUGCGACAUCUAUACUCUGCGAUUGAGGAUAGAAAGGUGACGAUUAUUGAGAGUCCGACGGGAACUGGAAAGACUCUUAGCCUGCUCUGUGCCUCCUUAACAUGGCUGAAAGACGAACAAGAGCGCGCGCGGAAGGGACAACUUGAUGCAUUGUCGGUGGCUACUGACGGUCCUGACUGGGUGCUUGAGCAGACUCUCGAGCGGCGGCGACGGGAGCUCGAAGCUGCGGAUCGCGAGUAUGCAGAACGAUUGGUCAAGGCGCGGAAGAAAGAGGCAGAGAUGAGGAAACUUGCUCGUGGACACGUCAGAAAGAAACAGAAACUCGCAGACGAGGAUACUCCGCGAGAAGAUGACGGCGAUUUUCUUCCGGACGAUACAGAUGAAGGGCGCUCAGAUGACGAGUAUAGCAAUCUCUCGCCUGCUGUCCGUGCUCUAAUGCACAAGUUGCAGAAUGGGUCACGUUCUGGGACAAACGAGGAAGAUGAACCCGUUUGCACCAAAAUCUACUAUGCUUCGCGGACACAUUCACAGCUAGCUCAGGUGAUGCAUGAGCUCCGGAAGCUACGAAUCGACUUGAAUGUUACCAUUCACCCCGAACCAACCCCGAAUCAUACCCGGUCGGUUGAUGCAACGACGUCUUCGUCCAUCAAGGCCAACGCCAAACGGCCGCUGACGGAAGAUAGUAAUGCUGAGGCAGCGGAUGUUUUGAGCAGUUCGGCACGGACAGUGUCCUUGGCUUCACGAAAACAGCUGUGUAUAAAUGAAGAACUACGGAGACGACCUGGAGAUAUUGAUGAGGCAUGCCGACAAUUACUCGGCGAGAAAGGAAAGCGUCGAUGCCCGCAUCUUCCUCCACUCGAGGAUGAAGUGCGGAUGCUCGACGUUCGUGAUCAAAUUCUAGCAACGCCUAAAGAUAUCGAGGAUUUGGUGGAGAUGGGUCAGAACGCGGAUGUCUGCCCGUACUUCGGUUCGCGCCAAGCUAUACCGCAAGCACAGCUUGUCUUGCUGCCCUAUAAUCUGCUUCUCCAAAAGAACGCCCGAGAAGCCCUUGGAGUCGAUCUAACCAAUCAGAUUGUCAUCGUAGACGAGGCUCACAACCUCAUAUCCACCCUCCUUUCCCUCUCAACCACCCGCCUACCUGUACGCACCCUUUCUGCCGCGCGCCAGCAGCUCUCUGUCUACCUCUCACGCUUCCGCACCCGGCUGUCAACCGAUCAUGCGUUGCACCUGACACGCCUGAUGGGCCUGCUUGACGCACUUCAGCGGUACGUAGAGGAGUGGCGGAAGGUUCAAGACGAGACCCCGACAAAGGGACAACUGCUGAAAACGCGUGGACAGGGCGUGGAGGUCAUGACACCUGGUGAGCUUCUCAAGAGGCUCGGGCGCAAGUCAGAGGGUGUGAAUCUACUGGAGGUGGAGACCUAUCUCCGGAGCAGUAGGAUCGCGAGGAAAAUAUCUGGAUAUACGGUGAAGACGCUGGAGAAGGCUGCGGGAGAGGAUCCCGUAAAACUAGCCAAAGUCGCGCGGCUGGUGACGACGACCCCACCCCUCCAUGCCGUGGAAGGUUUUAUCACGUCGCUGACCUCUGCUAAUGACGACGGGCGAGUGACGUUAGCGGUUGUGGACGGCCAAGUCGAGAUAAAGUACCAACAGCUGAACCCUGCCACUCACUUCCAAGAUGUCAUUGACUCUGCCAGGUCGGUCGUACUGGCAGGAGGUACUAUGUCUCCUAUCUCCGACGUCAUACAGCAACUGUUCUCUACAGUACCGAACGAACGGCUCACUAAUUUUUCCUGCGGACAUAUUAUACCACCGACAAGCCUGCAGACCCUAGUGCUGAAGAGAGGCCCCAGAGGAGGGGAACUGCAAUUCAAGUUCGAGCAGCGGAGUCACAAACAAACCAUUACGGAACUCGGGCAGAUCUUACUCAACUUCGUCAACGUUGCGCCUGCGGGAAUCGUUGUCUUCCUUCCUUCGUAUAGCUUUCUCAAUGGGGUUAUGGCAGAAUGGCAGAAGAGCGGCUUGAUUGCGAAGUUGAACGGGAAGAAGAAGGUAUUCUCUGAACCCCAUGACAGUGGAGAAGUGGAGACAGUGCUGAGGGAGUACUCGGCUGCAGCCCGCGUCGUAGAGAAUCGAUCAGACGCCACCGGAGAAGUAAUCGGGAAAGGUGGCGCAUUGCUGUUCGCGGUAAUCGGAGCAAAACUGUCCGAAGGUCUCAACUUCACAGAUGACCUCGCUCGUGCUGUGGUCAUCGUCGGGCUUCCUUACGCCAAUUUUGGCUCCCCAGAGCUUCAGGAACGCAUGAAAUACGUCAACAGGCUGCAACAACAGCUCACGACAAACGAGACUGGUACUAGACUAGCGAAUGGCUGCAAAGACGCCGCCGCCGAGCUGUAUCAGAACAUGUGUAUGAACGCAGUGAACCAAAGUAUUGGGCGCGCUAUUCGGCAUCGGGAUGACUGGGCUGCUCUCGUGCUAGUCGAUUGCCGUUAUAGUUCUCCGCGAAUUCGCGAGAAGCUUCCUCAAUGGAUCGCAGAGAAUGCCGUAGUCACAGAGACCUUUGGACAGGCCAUGAAGACCUUGGGAAAUUUCUAUCGCAGUCGGAAGGGCGGCUCAAAGAACUGUAGGAUGGAUUUGGUGUAAUGGUGGAUACACUCGAGCGCGGAUACAUCUUAUUGAUGCUUUCCAUUUGUAGAGUAUCGAUGUAACAUCACGGCACUUCGCUACCGAAUGCCAAUGUCAGUCUGAGACCUCGCCGUCACU